AUGUUGCUUUACAAGCAGAAGCCCAAGGAAACCAAAGGCGACAAUAUGAUGCUGAUCAGCAUCAGUGUGGUGGGCAGUACUGGCCCGUUCCGGUUCGUCGUGAAUAAGAAGGAACUAGUCGCUGCGGUCCUCCAAAGGGCCUUGAAGUCCUACGCGCGCUUAGGUCGGCUACCAGUUCUUGGCUCCGAUCUCAAAGAGUUCGUCCUUUACUGCUCCACUGCCGCCGGCGUAGAUGCUCUGAGUCCUUGGGAGACAAUUGGAUCCCGAGGGGCAGUUAAUAACUUCAUUCUAUGCAAGAAGCCACCUACGACUCAGCCACUACCAUUGGCUGCAGCUUCUGAUAAGAAGAAGAGUCUGAUCAAGGGGUGGAUCAAUAAGUCCUUCAAUCUCAACAUCUAUUCCCAUUGA